GUAUUUAAUAAGUUCAUACCUGAUUUGAUAAGCCAUUCCAAUUUAUUCUUUCAAAAUUAACUUUCUUUCAAGAAAUUUUCCAUGAUCUUUAGAUUAUUAUCUAAUAUAUGUGUGAAUUAAAACAUCAUAUUGUACAUUAAAAAUCUAUGUAAAUAUGUAUUAGUAAAAAGUAGGUUACAUUUUGAUCAGGGCAAAAUGAAUGGAAAAGAUAUUUGGAGAAGAAAAGGGCAUCAGCCAGCAGUUAUAAAUCAACAUCAAGAGGUUGGUGAAUGUAGGAAUUUGAUUCCACAGAGAAAGAGAAGAAGGAGCUUGUCCCACCCAGCACAGCUGCCCUGAAGUGGAAUGAACCAGGUCUUUGUAGGAAAUCCUAUGCAGGGUCAUGCCAGACAGUUAGGAUUAGUCCAGGUGCUAGGCAGAAUCUUUUUUUUUUUUUUUUUUUUCCACUUGGGAUUCAACCCAGGGCCCUUGUACUAAGCUGGAUCCACAGCCCUUUGUGUUUUUUAUAUUCAUUUUUAAAUUUUGAGACAGAGUCUCAGUAAGUUGCUAAAUUGCCUAGGCUGAACUCAGCCUAGUAUUCCUACCUCUCAGAGUGUUAGGAUUACAGAAAUACGCCACUAAUCCUGAAGAAUCUUGUAUAUAACCCCAGAAACUGCAGUGGUAUAUUUCAGUUGGGAAGUUAAAGGAGGCUACAUGUACCUGAAAUGGCUUUAUGAGAGAUAUGUCACAUUCUUAGAACAAGAACCUUAGGUCUAAUCACUGGUCUGAUGUGGGUUUUUCUUGUCUCAUAUUUAACAGUAGGAGGGCUACAAAGGUGUAGGAGUGUAUCUUUAAAGUUCUAGAUUCUAUCUUACAAGACUUGUGACAAAGAUAGUGUUUUUAUCUCCCUUUUUUUCUUCUAGUUUUUGGGACUCAGAAAAAUGAAUUUGAUAGAGCUUAACAUUAUUUUACGAUUAGCCCACAAGAAUGGAGGAUAAUAUUUGGUUUCAGUUGCAACAGUGUUAGGACAAAGACAGCAGUAAAUCUGGGACUGAUAAAGAGAAGAAAAUAAAAUAAGCAAAACAUAAAGUUCAUAUUUGACCAAUGAAAGAUGAAGGAAGUUCUGAAAAUUCUCCAGAAAACACAGUAAUAAUUAAAAGAGAUUCAAGAUAGUCAGGUGUCAGGGUGCAGCAUAUUAAGUAUAGAUUUUAAGCAGAAAACUUAUAAUGGCAGAAAGUGUGUUAGCAACUCUUGGCCCAAAGACCAAGGGGAAGGAUUUAUAAUGGACGAGCUUACCAUUUACCAAGCAAGAAGAAGAUUUAACACUACAGUGACUCACUGUAUAUUUUAUAAGUAAACAUUCACUACUCAUACACAUACAUGUACAUACACAGAGUAUAUAGACAUACAGAGGCAUAAUAUGUAUAAAUUUACAUGCAUUGCUUUACAUAUAUAAUAGGAAAAAUAUUCCAAAAAAUUAUAGGCAAAAACAUUUUGGACAUUUUUUUUCUGACUUUGUAUAUUUUCAAAUGUUAUAACAGUAAACAUCUGUUACUUUGAUAAUAUAAACUAUGUUUAAGUAAUAUUGUAAGUACCAGAUAUAUAAAAAUACACAUUUGAGUAAAAAGCAUUUGGGUCCUGACAAAAUAAUCCAACAGAAGACAUUGCUGGCCAAAUUUUGAAAUGGUUGGGGUUUUAAUUGUUGGGACUGUAACCCUGUUCUGGGGAUAGGUAUUGAAAGAAUUUUGCCCUAGAAUAAGUUACACCACAUUAUGGCAGUGGGAGGCUGAAUCGGGGAUGUUUACCCAGAGGUCACUUCCUCCUUCCUCUAUUACAGCUUCCUUUUUCCUUUACCAGUGUGUGCGAAAACAGUUCCAAUCAGCUCCUCACGUGUCAUCUAUGCCUGCCCUAAGCUCCACCUCCAGUCAGAGGUUAUAUAUAUAUCCCAUACUCCACAAUCAGGUCAGAGGAAGGCAGACUGCCUUCAGAGGAAGCCAAUAACCAAACACUAUUGGUUAUGGUUAUGGACUCCUCUCCAUAUCCUUGAAAUAAAGGCUACUUUUUACUUUUAUAUUUUGUGCUUUUAUUGUGCCCAAAACACUAACGUAAUGGUGCCGUGACUUGGGUUGCUGGAUUCAGAGUCCAGAGUACUAACGCUAACAGGUAUAAUAAUGCUGGGGAAUUUUAUUGCCACAUAUAGUUUGUCAAGAUUCUGAAAACAUGAUUUGUCUCUAGAAAUAAUGUCUUGAAUUACUGAGGAAACAAUAGAGUGUUAGUUACCUUUAAUUUAAUUCUAAAUAAGAGGCAUAGUCAAAGACUGUAUAUAGCUGGGGCUGUAACCUGAGGAUUUAGGAGGUAGAUUUUUUGUUCGUCUGUUUUUUAAAACUUGCUAUGUAGUUCAGGCUGAUCUUGAACUCACUGUGUAGCCUAGGCUGGCCUCACACUUACAGCAAACCUCCUGCAUGUGCCACCAUGCCUGGCUAAGUGGUAGGUUUUAAAAAAUUCAUCUAAAAGAGGUUUUGGAUAUUUAAACACAGGAGCAGGGGUUCUUCAGCAUUUGGCCCAAAGUAGAGAACCUAAAAAAAAGAAUAGAGUGAUUUUUAAGACUGUAAAAGACUGCCUGGUAUUUAUUUGAUAUAAUAAUAAAUGAAGAAAUGAAUGAAUGAAUUAGUGAAAAGGUGAGCGAAGAUGGAAAAUUGGAAUGGGAGGGCCAGUGAUAAAAUUCCAACAAUAGAGACCUCAGAAAAAAGAAAAGUAGUCCAAAACCAGUCUUCACAGAUGAGUGAAAAAUAUACACAUAAAAUAUACAACUUUUAAAAAAGACUUAAAUUUAUGAGGUGGGGGAAAAAGGAUGUAAGAGGAAAAAGUGGAAAAAUGAUGUCAUUGCUUAGUCCUUCCUUUUGGAAUCCUGAAGCCAUGUAUUUGUCCUGCUGUAUUUCCAUUUAUCUUUUAUGUUAUACCUAGCCAUUUCUGUUUGUCUACCUCCCCUUCUGUCCCAUCUCCUUCCUGAUUUUGAAACAUACUGUCAUCUUUGCGUUCCCUUUGUUCUCAUAAAAAUAUUUGCACAUUUCAGGCGCUCCAUAAAUAUUUGCCGAUUUGGAUUGUUUGGAACAGAUGGUAUAAUGUUAAAAGAUGACUACAGAGAGAGAAACAUUACUAAAUUCUAUUUAACUUCUGUUUUCUCUGUAAAGGAUAAUGGUGUUUCAAAUUGAAAAGGGCAGAACAACUGUAUCUAAAAGAACCUGAAAACCUCACGUAGGUGUAGAGUUUACAAAUGAGCUCCCAGUACUUUAAAUUGCUAUAGGUUCAUCUCAGAGCAUGAAAGGAAUUUUUAUAUGGAGUUAUGGAAAUCUGAAAAGUUAAGGGAAGGGAGAGAUGAGCUAAUUUCCCAGUAUUUGGGAGAAAGAAGUGGAUUCCUAAAAUUAGAUGCUCUGGAGUGACUCCUAUGAAAUGGAUGGAUUGACAGCAGUUAGAAAAACUCCAUAGUCCCCAGAUGGCAGCCAAAGGACCAAGUUAAAGUCAUUUUCUUGAAAAAAAAGUGAUGAUGGAACCUACAAAGGAGAAAAAUUCGCAAGGAACAGUAUAGUUCAGUGUCCUCAAGUCACUGGAGAAAGCAUCUUAGGUUACUGAGGCUGUGGGAUCUUUAUGAUGGACACAUAUGUUGUGAGAUGGUGGGGUCAUAGGUUUCUGAGCAAAUGCACCCCCAAAAUUAAUAAAUGAAACUGUGUUUUUGACCACUGAAAAAGUGGAAAUUAAAACAGUCCUGAGAUUCCACCUUACCCCAGUAGGAAUGGCCAUCAUAAAAUAAUAAAAUAAUAAUAAAUGCUAGUGAAUGUAAGAGGAAAAAGGAGCCAUUCUACAUUAUUGGUGGGAAUAUAAACUAUACAACCACUAUGGAAGUCAGUGUGGAAGUUCCUCAAAAACCAAAACUAGAAAUUCCAUUUGACCCAGGUACUUCCCCUCAAAGUACUAUGUUUUCUAUAAAGAAUUAAAAACAUCAUAUAGUAUCCCAGUGACACAUGCAUACCCAUGCUUAUGGCAGCACAACUCAUAAUAAUUAAAUCUUGGAAACAGCCUAUAUGUCCAUCAACAGACUCAUGGAUAGUGAAAACAUGAUAUUUAUACACAAUGUAGUACUACUGUGUCAUAAAGAUAAACUUGAAUAAUUUCUGGGGAAAUGGAUGUACCUUGUCACCAUAAUGUUAAGUGAAAUAAAUCUGACACACAAGCUUAACUAUCAUAUGGUUUCACUUACACUAGAAAUCUAAAUUAUAAAUAAAGACCAAAAUAAAAGAUAGAUAGUAGGAAGUAGGGAGAAAGCUGUUUCUCAAAUAGGAAGAAGAUAAUAUGGAGAGAGGGGAGGAAAGGUACAAAAAAUGGAAUUAAGAUGUCUUAUAUAUGUGUCACUCCCCACAAGAAUUGAAAUAUGUAUGGCAAAUGUAUACUAAUAUAAAAAAAGAAACUAAACUUUCAUCUGAUUCUGAUUAGCAGUUUAUCAUAGUUCUGUUUGUUAAGGUUUUACAAAUCAGCAAAUUAAGAGGCAUGGUCAUUGAUAGUGUCUUAAAUUUUCACUGACAAAGUCGAUGUAAUGGUGCUGACUUGUGUAUAGUGCAUUUAGUGGCCAUUGCACUCGGACUUGGAAAGUCUGCCAUAUGUGAUAAUGCCUAUUUAGAAUUUACCAUACUAACCAUUUUAUAUGAGGAAACUUAAGACUUACAGAGGUUAAAUAGCAUUAAAUGGACAAGAAUUAUUCAGGUUAAUAAUGAAGAAAAUGAAAGAAAGAAAUGUAAAAUUCAUAAAACAUGUAUUUUCUCACAGAUUAUUUGUAUACAAUUGGUUUAAAGGUUUUAGUUGAUUACAAGGUGAACAUGAUACAUUGUUAUGCCAUGGAUUUAAAAAAAUAGAAAAACAGGGAGGAGGGAGAGAGGAAAAGAGGAAGGGAGAGGGAGAAGGAGAGAGGGAAGGAGGGAGAGAGAGGAAGAAGAAGAAGGAGGAGGAGGAGGAAGAAGGAGGAGAGAAAGAAAAGAAAUGAGAAAACUGACUCCCACCACACUUGAAUAGUUUGGCCACAUCUGGAAUAUCUUUAUAUUUUUCUCCGCCCUUUCGUUAAGAAGGAUGAAUUGUGCAGAAUGGACAUAAAAGCAUACUAGGACUCACUGGAAAAAUUGGAGUUAAUUAGUAUGGAAAAGGGAAAACGGAAGGACUCCGGAGAUCCUCCCUCAGACAUAUAGAAGAUGUCAUUUGCUGCUGGGUUGAUUUAUCUUGCAAUGUUCCAGUGGCAGACUGGGAUCUUGGGAUAGAAGUUAUAGUUAGGCCAGUUAGACCAGUACCUUUAGUUGACCUGCAGAACUAUUAGAAGUGGGAUAAUCUGCUUUUCAAGGGGAUAAAAUCAUCUUUUCCAGAUCAUGCAAAGGUAGGACUUUCUGACAUACUGUGGAGGGAAUUUCCAAGUUGGAUGAUAUAAGGCUUCUCAAUUCUCUCUCAAAUCUAAGUUUAUCGUUUUGUGAGAAAAAGGAACUUUCAAAAGAUUGCAUUUUCUAAUGAGUGUUACUGGUUGAAGGUAUGAAUUUUCCUUUUACUUUAUGAAUUUAACUGACUUUUUGAACAUACACUAUUAACAAAUUUUGUAUAAGAAAUAUAUUUUUUAUUUUAGAAAAUAACUGUUUCAGAGUUACUGGGAAAGCCAUAAUUUUAGUUAGUAAAAUUCAAAGCACUAAACUCAUUAUGUUACAAGAAAAGCAAUUUCCUCUUCAUAAUUAAUUUUAAGACAUUUCUUCCAUAAUUGGAAAUAAAUUGGGUUUAAAGAGCAUUUAUAUUGUUAAAAAGGUGACAUUUCUUUGAUGUUUAUGUAUACAUAUGGGUAGCUUGUAGAGAAGUCUAAGAACAUAGGAAGUGCAAACUUUUAUUUUGAAAAACCUUUCCUAUGAAAAGCUACUUGAUAUGUAUGAAAUAUGCUUUUAGAUUUCAAAUUGUUAUUAAAAAAGCCUUUACUCCUCUCUUUUCCUAUGUUCUCUCCUCUCUUUUUCUCUCCUUUUCUCUCUUCUCCUCCCUCCUCAUUACUAGCUCAAUAUUAUCUUGCCAGAUCUGUAACAUUAUGUUAAAAAAAUCAGUCUGAUUUUUGUAGCAAAGUCAGCUUAAUUCAUGCCCUCCCCUCCCCACCCAGGUGUCAGGCCAGCCCAAGCUGUUUAGCACAAUGAAAGUUCUUGUUUGACCAUAACUGCACAUCUCACUCCACAGGCAAUCAGCAUUUUAAUUAGUGAUUCAAAGGAAAGUCAUUGUCCUCUAGUUGCUUUAUCAUAAUUGCCAAAUAAUUUUCCAUUGAAUAAAUAAAUAAUGUAAAGGAGAAACCUCCCCUUAUAAUGCUGUCAUUAAGGCUUCAUUUUUUUACCCCCUCAUUUGUAUUUGUAUUAACACGCAGCCCACUUGAAAGGGAGUAAUUAUAAUGGCUUUCUGACAGUAGCCUAUGGUCUUUAAAAACUGGGAAUGGUUUCCUUUUCUAUCUCUGCUUUGCACUGCAUGGCUUAUUUUAAGGUUAGAUAAAGGAAGCUCAUGGUGGAUAGUGUCUCUUCAAAGGUGUGUGAAAGUGAAUGAUUGAUUUGCUGUGUGCAUCACUGGAACUAGGUAACUUGCAUUAUGACUCUGAUGUACUGUGUAAUUGAUGCAAGUCCUUUCAUAGCAUUCUGAGAUUGAAAUCAAUAUUCAUUUGGAGUCAACAACUGUAAUAAACUACAUUCCUUUUGUAAGCAGUGGUCUAAGGCUUUGUAAAGGAUCAGUUAGGAGUGACAGAUUCACAUUUUGGUUAGGCUGGGGUCUAUUUGAAUAGAUAUGAACAGUGUCUUUAAAAAACACUUAAAACAGCCAGUUUCAAGAACUUUUUUAUUUUUCUGUAUAAAAUUUUUUCUUUUAUAUGAGUCUUCUGACUGUUUACAGACCUAAGUCCAUUGGGAAAGAACAAUAAGUAUUUUAAUAAAUUGAUUUUCAUGAAAAAAGUCCCACAGAUACUAUUUAUAUUCCUUGACAGAUUUUAAAAAUUUCAUCUGAAUUAUUAUACCUUUUAAAAUAUUGAUGAUUAGCAAAUAGAAUUUGCAUUCUGUGUUUGAAAGAAUGGCUGUACCUUGAUAAUAGCCAGUAAAUGGUAAAACUUCAGAUACCAAAGAGAUGAAUUCUGAAGAAUAAAUCAGUAUCAACUAAUUUUUCCAAUUGGAGAGCACAUUUAUCAUUUUAAGUAUUGCCAUGGGAGAUAUAAUAUGGGCCACUCCAAGAGUAUGAGUUCUCGGAUCAGAAGAAUAUGGGUUCAAAUCCUGGUCCACUGUGAACUAGCUGUAUUGGGCCAUUGAUGGAAGCUUUAGCUCCGGGUUACUCAUCUACAAAAUGCAAAUGAUAAUGGUACCCACCUGAAUAAUGAAGAGACAGGUAAAUGGUUUCUUACUAUAAGAAAGCAUUUAACACAUUGGUUGGAAUUUUAAAAUAACUCAGUAAAUGGUGAUGAGCUAUUAGGACAGGAGAUCAUUCUCCUUUUGAGGGAGGGUCAUUAUUUCUGUCCACUCAUCUUUACCACCUUGAAAGUAUCUUGCUGCCUGUCUGCAAGGGUCUCAGGGACUAUUUUGCUUCCUGCCUGUCCUGCUUUUGACAGGCCAAUUCUUUUGAAAUAUUGGGUUUGCCUAAAACUGUUCACAGAGAUUACUUUUACCACACCAAGGCCACCGUUUUUCUAUUUAACUCAUGGCCCCAAAUUUGUUUGUGUGUGUCUGGCAGAGUUAUUAUGAGGUAUAGAUGAUGUCACUUAAGGAAAUGUAUUGCAGAGGGCUGAAUACAACAUUAUUUUCAUCAGCAUGAAAAUCAAAGCCAACAUUUGAGUGCUUCAAGAUUAGGGAGUGUUCCAAGUAUUUUCCUAAAUUGUAAUUCCUAUUUUACAGAAGUGGAAAUUGAGACACAGAGAAUAAUUGGCAUAUAGUAUUUGCUUAGUAAUUGAUAGUUAUUUUUACUAUUCUCCUGCCCUAAGUACCUGAGUAGUUUCUUUGCUUUUUCCAAAUAUGUAUAUUUCUUAUAUGUGAGGAGUCACCAAUUAUGCCCAACUAUCAAAACCAGUUUACUCACGUGUUCAGUUUGAACACAUUCUUUUUUAUUAAUUUCACAUAAAAAUACCUUUCCUAUAUGUAGCCCAUUGAGGGGCUAUAAAUGACAUUCAUACUCUUUUAACUAGAUGUAGUAGAAAUAGUGACAAACACAAGUUUAAAAACAAAGAGAAAGGGUACACUGAAACCUUUCCCAGUUCCGUGUUUUGGGUUGUCACCAUCAAAUAUGGCUACCAGUUAAGAUCACAUUUCACAUCUCUGACACAGGCACUUUGACAAGAAGCAAUCUGAAGGCUUUCAGAAAGAAAUCUGUCUGUGGUAGUUUUUGUGUGAUAUAAAUAUUACAAGGUCAAAUUCAUUUUUUUCUAGUGAGACAAAAUGUUAACCUUACACUUGGAUUCAAAACUGACCCAUGACAUCACUUUUGGAAUGAAUAUUUCUUUUCAUUGGAAGGUGUGACCUAAUCUCCAUAUUUCUUCUAUGUAUCUUAUUUCCUAAUAUGACUUUGAGUCACAGUCACCUUUUUUCAUACAUGUGUGGAUGCUUUCAGCUGCUGGAAAUAGAUCUGUAGGCUGCUAACAAUUAUUGUCACUCCUAAUACAUUCUAAAAAUGCAUUAUAAAGGUGGAUUGAUUCUGUAGUCUUAUAAUAACCUUAUGUGGCAUUGGUAAUGUGUAUGGGAAAAGUACUCAGAAUAUAUCUUUUCCAUAUUAGGCAUUUAAGUCUUGCAGUAAUUUUGGAGUUUUAGGGAAACAUUUUGUUUCUGGUUUUAGUAUACAUCAGUAAAAAGUGGAUCUUUUGUCUUGAAUAUUAUUUUAUGCUUAUUUACAACAAUAUAUUAAAAUUGAGAGUUUAGAUUUCAUUUAAUACGCAUAUAUUUACAGAGUAUAUGAAGUUCAGCAUGUGUGGUCUUGCCUUUUAUUUAGUGGAUCUUAUGUAAUUAUAUGUUCAGGUCAAUUCAUCAGAUAUUUAUUGAACAUUUACUGUAUGUCAGUUGCUAAAUAGGGAUGUAAAGGUAAAAAUGCCACAGGAUUUGCCCUUAGAUGCUCACAAUAUGAAUACAUUUCAAGAUAAACAGAUGCUUUGUUUUCGGAAGGAGAGAAAAUUGCACCAAUACACAUAUGAGUCCAUAUUAUAUUUAGAUGCUUCUCUGUGAUGAGGGGCUGCUGUAUCUAGCAGGUAUAUAGGGUAAUAAUGCCCUUCAUUGAAAACCGUGUUGCUGACUGUAGAGUUGUAUAUAAAUUGCAUAUAAUGUAAUUGUAAAUUUGCAUUGUAAUUGAAAAAUGUUAAGUGAAAACAAUACACUUACAAAAUAUUGUUUGCAGUUGUGAUCUAAAUCAAAAACUGCAUGUUCUUAAGAGUAUGGAAAUGAACUAACACAGACAUGUACAUAGGCUACUAUGAACAGUAGGAUUAUGAAUAAUUGUUAUUUUGGUUAAACUUAUCUCUGAUUUUCAGGUUUUCAUAGUGAACAUACAAUACUUUUGUAAUCAGAAAAUGUCAAACAUGAAGGAAAUUAGUUUUUUCAUUAUUAUAGAACACAAUAUCAUUUAGGAAGUUUUAAAAAUCUAAAUUGUGAGUCAGAUAUAGUAUUACCAUUAAAUUUACCCAAUAGCUAUAUUCUUGGAAACAUUUUAUUCUUAACUCAGUGGUGCAUUUCUAAAGUUUUUAGGGGUUCUUGUAAUGGGUGUUGAUGAACACUAAUAAAUAUGUUUAAUAGAUUUUAAAUACAAAGAUAGGGAGAGGAGGAGGGAAGGGAAGAAUGGAAGGUGGUGAGAGAGGUAGAAGUUAAGAAACAGAAGAGAGAAACAUGAAAAUGCUACCUCUGCAGUGAUCACUGAGAUUUUGGAAGUGGAGUGCAGCUGGGUUAAAUAGUCUUGGAUUUCACACUGACCUCUGGGCAAAGGACUUUCAAGUUUCUGAGUCUUAUGUUCUUAUCUGAAAACUGACAAUAUCAAGUUGCCUCAUGUGGCACUGUGGCAAGACUUGAACAUACUAAAAUGUGUGAAGGCCAUUGUAGAGCUUCAAUAAAUGCCACUUUUUUCCUGCCUAAGCACCUGCACUCUCAACUAUAGGAUCAGUGCAGCCAUUUGGAGUGUCUUUUGCAAGAAAAAUUGGUCUGAGCAAUCUGUCAGGCUAGGAAACACAGCGAACUCUUUAAGACAUCAUGAAAAUUUCUGGGGAGAUGCCAUAGAAAACUGAAAAAUAUUGGAGAAAAUUAGAGUAUUUAAGAUCAGUUGUUUCAACACCCUGUCCUUUCUCUUCUUUAAGGGUCUCAACUCUUUUAUAAGACUCCAGACCCCAUGUUGAUUUGAGGUAGCACAAUAAGAGAUACUGUCAAACUCAAAUCAUUCAUUCCUAUCAGGUGAUAAUUACUGACUGAAAUCUGAGAACUUUCUUGUGGUGGUGGACUUCCUCUCACAGGGCAGGGCUUAGCCUACUUGGUGUUUUCUGGGACAUCCUGGCAUGUAUCUUAAGUUUGGUUAUGAUCUUUUGUGCCUCUUACCUUGCCUAGUUGUAAUUUGUAUUCAUCUACUGCACUGCUACACUAGAAUAUAAGUUUUCUAAGGGCAGGAAGUCUGGGACUUUUCCAUAUACCUGUGGUCUUUACCACAUGUUCUUACCCGUAGUGUAUGUCAGUUAACAUCUACUCCUGUGGAUUGUUGGGCAGAGUCACUUGGAUGCUAAUGGAGCCUGCUGUCAACAAUGGGGUGAAUGGUGCUUUUUUCCCUUACUCUGGGUUCACAGUACUGUUCUUGCUGUCCUCCCACUCCACCCCCACCCCGGCCCCAUUUUGUGGAGAGCUACACAGGAAUAAGAAUCUGUAAUUUUUCCUGUACUCUUUUUAUUUCUUAUUCUUGGUUUCAGUUCUGUCAUUGCUGCCAUAGUCUUCCUCUUAGCUAUGGUACACUGCUUCAUCAGAUAGGUCAAAUGUAUUGCCAGUCUCUAUUUUGUCUUUGUAAUUUUUUUGUUAACACUGUAGGUAAGUAAAAGUACAUUUGACUGCUUUAAUUCAGAACUCAGGCUUCCUCAUUCUUUCCCUGGUCUGCCUUCCUCCUUUCCUCCAGGCACCCUUAAACUCUCCGCCCACUCUGUAGUCUAGCAAGGCAUUUUCCUUUACAAUUCAGUUCCAGGGACUCUGGAAGGCGAGCCAGCUCAGGGAAGGGGUGGUGUGAAAUGUGAGGUGUUUCAUGCCCUUCCUUCCUGCCUGGUAAGUAUAUCAUUUUUUCCAGUUGACCCAGUGAACAGAGGUUAGCAAAACGCUUCUCAUUCCUAGGUCAGAUUGUAGCCUCCAGCCUGGACCACCAGCGUUGGAAGGGGAUUGGGCCACUGCCAGAACCUCGGAGAUAGGAACAAGGGCUCUAUUUUCCUUGGGCUGAAUUGAGUAGUCUUCCUGCUCUCUCCUUUUAGGAGUUUACAUAGAUGGAAAAUAAGUUUUCUCUUCUGGCAAAAUAGCAAGGCAGUUCAGAGAAAGAUGUGUUUGGGCACUAAGUCAGGAGAAAUAGGAGUCUUUGGAAAAGCUGUAAUUUAUUCAUUUUUUUAAUCCUGGCUUUCCAACCUUCCUCUAAAAAAAAAAAAGCAUUUCUCUCCUCUCUUUCUCUCCCUCCCUCUCCCUCUCCAUCUCUGCAUCCCUCCCUGUCUCUUCCUCUCCUGCCCAUCUCUUCUCUCCUUUCCCCUCCUCUCCUCCCCUUCUUUGGCCAUGUGUAUUUGAAAUUCCCAUUUUUCAAAAUUGUUAGGAAUUUGCUUAAAAUGCUCAUUUACUUAACACCUGGUCAUCACUUCCUCAAAUCAGGUUAAAUUGGUUUCUCUUCUCUUACUCCUGUUCUCUUUCCGCCUCCUUCUUUCUCUCUUCCAUCUCUCUUUGAUAUUCUUGUAGUCCAGCUUCCACUUAAUUUUGGUAGCUUUGAGAUCCUAUUUUAUUGUAUGAAUGUUCGUUGAGGAGAGGUAAUAUAUUUGCCCCCUUCCAAGUCAUCUACAUUUGUUUUCUGUAUUAUAUGAUUUAGUGCUGGGCUAUAAACGGCUCUAUUACAGAUUCCUUUCCCUUCUAUGCUACCCUUUAAUAUGUGAAUUUACAAGGGGCAGUAGAUCUCCCAGAAGCAAUAUACAUAUUUUUAACAGUAUAUGGGGAAGCUGAACUAACUUGUGCUGAGAGUAAUGGACUGGAUAUAAAGGAAAUGGGGAUUGGCCCAAAUAGCUGACCUCGGUUAAAACCUUUUCCUUUACCUUCUCUUCUGUACCAGAUGAUAGAUACUAUGUUAUAGUGUAGUCAGAUCAAUACCUAUAAGGCAAGGACUUUCCAAUCAUACACCUCUACUUUUAGUACACAAUUGCUUACAAAAUGUCACUUUUUAAAAUGAAUUUAAGGUAUUUCUUGGGAGGUAAAUACUACCUCAAUGUACAUAGGUUACACUGUAGUCUUUGUGGUGAAUCUUGGUUACUUUCUAUAAUUUGUAAAUUUGGUCUUUGCCUCCGAGUGGCAAUACGUUUUUAUUUGUAUAAAUACAAACUUUACCUUUAAGGGUAUCAGAGAUUUUAAAAAUUGAUGUUUUUUGUACUCUAGCCUAAGAUUCAUAUAUAUUUUUAUUUUGUCAUUUUUGAGUUGUAUUUUGUGGUGAGCCUCAAAGCUGUUCCCUCUUUAAAACUGUGAUAUAUUUUGAUAUUUCUACUUUCCAAGGGAAAAGUUUGCCCACUAAUGGGAAUGAUACAGUGAAAGACAAGUGUGCGAAGGCUACCACAAAAUAAACAGAAAUCCAACUUUGCACCAGAGAUCCCACCUGCCGCUGCCUUUUCUUUUCAUACUGGGAUAUCUCUGUCAGGUAAUUUUGUCAUUUGAGGAUUUAUUUGGACUCUCUGAGAUUUAUUUUAUUCCCAACAGAACCCAGUGGCUAUGGUGGCAAACAUCGGCAGAAAAGUAAACGGAAGAGUCGUAUAUGCUUCCUGGCCAAAAAUGGCUGUGUGAAGUGUGAAGGAAACACGAGGCAUCAUACGGGGAAUAUUUCACUGGGCAGUGGUGGGGAGAUUUGAAUAAAGAGCAGGUGUUUGAUCAGGUAGAAGUGAUCUGAAGGUGAUUUAGCUGGGGUAUGCAACAUAUGAAAAGGCAUCUGCUGAAGAAAGGCCUGCAGAGGUAGAGCAGAGCCAGUUCAGUGGAGCCAGACAGAGAGGGACUGGAGCUGUAGGGGCAGAAAAGGAUUUGCCACAGCAGUACUGGACGGCUGCUACGCCAGGUAAGGUGUCUGGGAGCCCCCAUACGUGCAGUGGGGGCAACUUGACUGCAUAGGAGGGGAAUAGGAUGAGUCUGUUUCUUGGAAUAACAUCAAUUUUAAUAUUUAAAAAUGGAUUUAAUAUUUAAAAAUGGAAAGCAGGAAAAGUAACUUUUCAAGUAAAAAGUAGGGAGACUUUGGUCAAAAGUGAAAAGGAUCAUUUGAUUAUGUGGACAAGGUUAUUUUAUAGCAUAAGUUCCAGUCUUUUAAGAGAGCUUUUGAAUCUUCAAAAAGGAAUAAUGAUUGUAAAAUCACCUCAGUAUUUGCAUUAAUGGUUCUCUUUUACUAAGAUUAUACAUAUUUGGAAGAACUUUAAAAUGAUGUAUUGGUCACUAUUUAUCAUGCUCUGUUAAGUAUGAGCUGGGAAGUUAGCAUUUCUAGUCUAUUGUUCGGUCUCAGACAUUGUGGUGCACAAUCCUGGAAGGAACUGAAGAACAUCAAACCUCCUGAUGUCAUCUUUUCACUUGUGCAAUUGAGAAACCCCUCUCCAAAUUCUGAGUGUUACUGGCAUAAUAAGAGUGUGAAAAUAUUGGAUGCCUAAGCCAAAAUUAGAAAAACUGAACUCUAUCUAUUAAGAAAGCCAUCCCAGAUGAUUAAUUAUAUUGACAAACUACAUCUUUUAAAUAUUUGCCCUCCAUCUUGAGUAUGCCAAUUUAUACAUUAUGCACUUGCUGACAUUGUUGGUAUAAUGGUGGCAGAAUUACAACUUUGAGUCCGACAUCCCCAAUUAAACUGUUGAUUCAAGUGGUCCUAACAGUCUCAGUGAGUUCUACAUCCUUUUGGCAGAGCUUAAUACAUGCAAAUCUAAAAUGCCAGCAUUGUAGCUUUAAAAAUAUGCAUAUUGUCUGGCUGUUGAGAAAAGUAAAAAGCAAGCCUGAACAUUUGGAUUUUAACUAUUGAAGCAAAGACAGAAAGAUGAUUGAAUUCAGUCUUAAAUUUUAUAGAACUAAAUUUAAUGGUGAGCACAAUCACACUCUGUGGUGAUUGUUUUCAGUGCUGCUUUAUUAAGUUAUGUAAUGGCAGGAGUUCAAACUCAGUGAUUGCCGAAAUGGUAAAUUUAAGGAGUAUUUGAGGUUGCCUGCCAAUAUGCAAGUGGAAAAUGCAGAAAAUACUAUUUCCACCUUCCUAUUUCUGUGGCUUAUAAUUCUUAUUCAAAUAGUUUUUAGGGAUUAUAUUUAAUACACUGCUUUAAAAAUGUUUAAAAAUCUCAUUUUAUUCCCCAAAGAUUUGUUUUUUGCUGUUGCGAUUAGAUGAUGACAGCUAGCUGGCUUUUAAAAUUGAUCAGGAAGUAUUCUGGCAGUCAUUCAGUGUUGUAAUAGCACUUUAAUGGAUAUGAGCUAUUCACCCAGAUCAGACUCAAUGUCAAAACAGGCGAAAAUACAGCUGUCACUCUGGACAACAAGAUACUCAUAUGCAAGCAGCUGCUUAAUACAUUGUAGAAAGGCAGCCUUUUAGUAAUAUUUAAAAGGUGUGUCAAUGCCAGUGUACGAGCAUACCAUAAAGUCAUGGUGUGCCAUUUAGGAAAGAGGAGGAUGGGGAAUGCAUGUGUUCUGUCUGCAUGUACUUAUAUAAAGGUGGUCUCUGAAAAUAAUCUGUACUAUGGACAACAUGGAGAGCCUUGUAAAUGUCUUCUUUGUUUUAACAGACACUUUUGUUUAUUUGAACACACACUCAUACUCACACCUGUUUGACUCCCUUGGUUAAAGGCUGGUGUUAAUGAGGUCAAAGACCUUCACUCAAUCUCUAUAUGAAGCUAGUUAACCUUAUCUUGAACUAAACUUGAAUAGUGAUACCUCUCCCCAGGUAGUCCACUUACACAUACAGACAUUGAUUUUAAGGAGAACCAAAAUUGAGAAAGCACAUUCAGGACAUUUAGUGGUAGAAUUACUUAUAGCAUUUCAGCAGUGAAUUGGUGUCAUCUCCAAAAGGGAUAGUACCUCACUGUGAUAAUACAAAUAACUUGUGAUGUUCUUUCAUUCAGAAUUCCAGAGGAACAUCAUGGCUAUUAGUUUCUUUGGUUCUUGAGUAAGGUAUGUGAAAUGUUCAGCAAAGGGCAGUUUAUUACUCAGUUUAAUGGACAAGGCAAGAUACCGAAUGGUUAGAUGAUUGCCAGUGUCAUAUACCUAGUUAUGGCUGCAGCUGAGAUGUCCAGACUCCACUUUAGUUUCCUUUUUAUGACACAAUACCACCUUUCUGCAGUUACAAUUUCAAUUCACUGUGUAUUUUCUGAACAUUUCUUCUAUGCUCCCAAGUUGUACUAGGCAUGGUAAGCAAUGCAAAGUGACUAAACAAAAAGAUUGAUCUUGCAGAACUGAGAGUGUAAGGGAGAGUGAAGAUUGUUACUGGCUAUAAAUAGACCCAAACCCAAUAAAUGCCAGAUGUGAGAAGGUAAUCAUACAGUGUGAAAAUAUAGAAGGGGCUUGUAAGGAAAUUCCACAGGAAGACUCAUCUCCUUAGACAACUGUAGGUGACCUUUGGAAUAGAGUAUGAUAAAAUCUUAAUUUUCUCCAUUGAAGAGUAAGAUGUGAACAAGGACAAAAGUGUGUUCAGGUGAAUAGUGACAGCUCACAGUGACCAGAAAACAAGAUAAAAGCAAGAGCAGAGCACAUGAUGUGACUAAAAGAGCCAGACUAAAAUGUUUUGGCUGAAUUCUGCUGAUAAAAGGGAAACCAUUGGAGGAUUUUGAGCAAAGCAAUGACGUACUGGAACCAUGUUUUGUAAAGAUUAACUUGACGAUGAUGCAUAGAUGAAAUGGAGAGAGUAGCUUCAUGAGAACAUCAAUUAGAAUGUGCUUAGGACAUGCAAGGCAAAAGGAAAUGAAGGCCUCCGUAAGGGUGGCAGCAUGUCUGCAGGACUUUGUGGAGAUUCUGAGUGUAUAUCAGCAAUGGCAAAGCAGAACAGCAGAGCACAUGGGAUUUGUAACAACAACUUGACUUCCAACUGCUAGUGUUCUUGCUGACGAGCUUUCUCUGGCAGUGGAAGCCCCUGCCAGGGAAUUAACUCAGUCUCCGGUGACUACAAUGGUUUAUAAGUGCAGCAGCAGAUUUGCCCCUUGAAUGGCAUUAUUCUGAUAUGAAGACUAGACUGGCUCCCCAAGCUCCUUGGUAGGAUUAAGUUCUAGUGGUUCACAGUGGCAGUGCUCAUUUCAUAUCCUAUUGACGGCCUUCUUUUCUCUGUAGUACAUCCUCAACACUGUCCUGUAUUUUCUUCACUCCAAUAAAUUAUUUACACUCAAAUAUUCACCUCAUGGUCUGUUUGUGGGGAUCAUAAACAAACAAACAAACAAACAAAGCCAGGUGUGAUGGCUCAUGCCUGUAUUCCCAGCACUCACGAGGUUGAGUGGCGAUGGAGCUUCCUAAAUUUUAGAUGAACCUGGGAUACAUAGAGUUAGAGCCUAGUCUAAAGUAUUUAACAAGACUUUAUCUUUAAAAAAAAACAACAAAAUUUGAAGUGUGAUUUGAUCUUCACUCUGUGUGUGUGCAUGUGUGUGUGUGCAUUCUGAGUCAGAAAUUUUACAUGUACCCAAUUCAAACUGGAAAUUAUAAUUUGUUUUAUUCAUGAUCUCUAAGCAGUUUUGGCUUAUUUGUAUUCACUAGAUAUGUAAGAUAGACUGACAAAUCAAAUAGGAACUCUAAGGAGUAAUUUUGCCUCAUAUGUUUGGGUAGACUGAAAAAUGUAGAUUUUAAAACAUUUUGAUGAAAAGUAGAAAAAUUGUAUCGUCAAUUGUGGUAUCUUAAUAUCUUCAUUUCUCUCAAGUAUAUAGGCUAUUUAUACAUGCAUAUGCACUACAUAUUGUGUAUGUCCUCAUUAAAUUCUGUCAGCCAGUUAAUGUCUAUUGCUUAUCAGAAAAUGAAUAGAUCAUACACAGUGUCACAUGUUCAAUGGUUCGUUUAAGAGAUGACCAUUCCCACUAAGAUCUAUCAUACGCCAUAUAAGAAUAUUUUAGGGAUACAUUUCUAUAUUUACAGUCCACACCUGUAUCAGUUACAUUCUAACAUUGCCCAAUUAUACAGCUUUGCUUAUUUUUGUUUCUUUGGCCCCAUAGUUGGUGUAUUGACAUUCCUUUAAUAUAGUAAGAAUAUACAGUAAACUAAUAAAGAGAAUAUUGCUAGAGUGAGCCCAGCUGUUCACUGGACUUUGAGCCUUAUGUAUAUAGUAAAACUACAUUUGUUUAAUAAUGUUUAGAGAAAUUAUUUGAAAAGAACAACAAAACAACAUUAUUACUGGGGAUGUAGCUCAGUAUUUUGGCACUUGACUAUGUAUGUGAAGUCCUGGGUUCAAUCCCCAGCCGUAUCACAAACAAACAUAACUUGUAAAUUGAUUAUAAAUAUAAAUCAGACAUUCAGUUACUCAAAAAUAAAAGUAAUGGUUUUUAAUGACUGCAUUUUUGUGCUGAGUUUAUAGAAAUCUUUCUUUUAACUUGUAUGAAGUGGUAUUUUGUGGGAUUAAUACUUAUUUCUUAUUUCCCUUUUUAUUCUAAGGUUAUUAGAGAAUCAAGAUAUAAAUUAUGAAUUAUUAAAUAAAAAUCAGGAGUUUCAAUAGUGUCUAUAAAGUAGAAUUGAUAGUUUAAAUUUGUAAAAUACAUUUUAGGUUAAAACAGUCCAAAAAUUUAUAUGUGACAUUGUAAAUAAAAAUUCAAACUUUUUUGCUUGUUGUAUUAAAAUGUCAUUGUCUGCCUCUCUACUUUGUGGUACACUUGCAAUAUACUAAGCUAUAAAGCUGGUCUUAGUUUUAUAAGGAAACAGUCUUUAAAAUUAGAAUUUAUUUUGUAAAACUAUAUAUUAAUAGAGAAUAUAUAGCUAUUUUAAGUAUUUUAAAUGUGCAUCUUUUUACAUUUAUAUGUUGUGAAGUGUAUGUACAUACACAUACAUAUGUACAUAAAGAUUUUUUUCACAGAAAUAUGUAAUUUAUUUGUACAUGUUCUCUUAGUGUUGGCCACACAUAAAUAUUUUACUGUGAGUGCAAUUACCAGGUCAUAGAUUAUUGGUACCUGACUUUUUAAACUUGUUAGAGUUUCAUAGUUUCAUUAAUAUUUGAGUGAGCAAAGAAACAUUAAUAACAAGUUAGCAAAUAAAAAGCUUCUUUUAAAUUUGUGUACUCCUUAGCAACACCCCAACAUUUUUCCUAUUCAUUCAUCACAUUACAUAUAUUUUAAUUUAAAAAGGCACUGUAGGGUUAGCGUGAAUAUUUUGACAGAACAUUAUUGAUGAAAAAUUGAAAAAAUGAUAUUUAGUUUGGUAGCCCCAAAUGUUACUUUCUUGGUGCAAUUGCAGAGUAUGGAGGCCUUAGAGAGCAUCUUAAUCAUCCCAUUUCAUGAAUUAGAAAACUGAGGCAAGGAGAAGAUAGGGCUUGAACAACAUAGACCAUAGUGAUGGACCUCCUAGGAAUACUAUAUUCACUGUUUUUGAACUUAGCUCAGGAAUUCUGGGUAUUUGGCAAAGUUGUUAUUUUAAGAUCAUCUGUUGGUUUAUAAGAAGCCAGUUUCUUAGAAAAAGAAUGUUAGGUUUGCUAUAUUUAAUGCAAUCACAUUGAUCUGAUGAAUUUCUUUUACUUAAUGACUGAACUGAUAAGUUAUUUUGAUAUUUUGCAGACACCUAAUGAAAGGGCAUCAUUUAAAAAGUUAGUCUUAUCUUCUGAAUGUAUUUAGUGAAUUUUGCAUAUAAAUUAAGCUUGGAAAAUGAUCUAUUUAAUGCAUACAUAAUAUUCGCUUAAUGGGUAACCAAAACUCAAGGGCUUUCUAGAGGACAUUUUAUAAAUUGACAGUGAUCUUUUUGAUUUGUUUUCAUUCGUGUUAUUAUUACCUGGAAGCAAAUUUUUGUCUGUUUGAUGGGACUAGGACAUGCUUUUGGAGAAUAACAGCCUCACGCCCUGAGAUAGAAACGUGUUUUUUUUUUUUUUUUUUCUCACAGUUUAUGUAUUUUGAGUUGUAUUAGAAUUUAACCUUUCUAUGUGUCUGAUCAACCCAAGUAAAUUGUAAGCUCAGUCGUUCAUAUCUUCAAAUUUCCUGGAGUUAUAACAGAGUUCUCCAUAGUUGCUGCUCAGUAAAUUUUUUUUUUUAACUUCAGGACUAGUUUUCAUACUUUUUUUUUUUUUUUUUUUUGCCAUUCAGGUCUUGGAAAAGAUAUAGCCUACAUUAGGUAGAAACUUGAAGUGCUUUUUUUUUUUAUCACUUGGUGCAGCAUUUUCCAAUUAUGUUGCAAAAAAAUGAUACACAAGGGAUAUUUUGGAAUUGCCUGGACUACCAACGUGACUUUAAGGUUAAACAGACUUCUCAUGGAUGUGAGUUUUUCUCUUUAUACGUUUUAUAUUUUACUGUCUUUAGCAUUAUCCAUAUACUCCUGGGCUUCAGAUACAGAAGGUGGGAGGUGGGACACUUACACCAAAUCAAAGUUCCUGGUACUGUUAGGUCAUUUCCCAGGGGAUGUAGAGUUUUCAUAGACAUGCCAUGUAGGAGUCUUGUUUCUUGGCUUCAUGGGAUAAGCAAAGGGAAAGUGUCUUAUGGUUUCCCUAUUAUUUUUAAGCAGCCUUGGAAGCCAUUCUUUUUUUUUAAAAAAAAUCUAUACUCUAUAUCCCUUAAGUUGACUUUUUCGAUUUUUGGGCAGAAGGAUCCCAGUGUUAUCCGAUAGCCAUAUUCUUUGUCUUUUCUCUUCUACUUCUAAGGGAAAGAACUCUGGAAAACUACAGAUAUUAGAAUCCAAGAAGGUGGGAAGUGCAGGGUGCUAUAAUUUUACUUAGAUUUCUAGCAGUGACUUCAUUGAUGGUAGGGAGGCCUCAGGACUUGGAAAUUCUGGUCUGGUUCCCUGGAGAGAGAGAGAACUAUUUUAUUAAAGUAUGUCAUAAACUGCUGGCAACCUGAUAGGACAGGGUGGUCAUAGAAAACAACAAUCCAGUAGUGGAAGAGACACUUCAGGGAUGAAGAAGAGAUGCUACUGUUUGGGCCCUGUAGGUUACUAACUUUAAAGACCUUUGGCAAAAAAAAAAACAUGGCACUAGGCACUUAAAAGGGAAUAAAGAACAAAAUGGCAAAGGUAGUGCAGACAACAAAAUUCUGGAUUCUGUAUUUUCUCUAGAUCUAAAAUAAAGAACAAUGUGGCAUUUAUUACCAUGGUAAAUCACACACGACUUACCUUACCCACACAUGACAGGUUUUUCUGAAGGUAAUUUGAGGGUUUAUAAAGUAAAAUAAAGCUCUCUAUGUAGCAAAUUUACUCCUAGGAUUACUAGUCAUGUAGCAUAGGAAGAAAUUACUCUAUUUACAGAUUAAAUAGUAAAAAAUAUAAAAAAGAAAAGAAAAAAGAAAGCCAGACAAUUACUGAUAAAUCAGGAAAGACUUUUGAGGGUUCAUUGAAUGAAUAGAUGUUUGCAGGCUCCUGGGUUGAACAAAUUUCUUAGGAAUGUACUAUGGGCUUGUUUUUCCCCAGAGCUAUCAACAAGCUACCGUUUCAUAACUCCUAGACUUCUUUGAGACAUCACAAUUACUAUGUUGCAGAAAAGCCAUAGCCAUCUUUUGAAAGAUGUGGUUUAAAACUUUACUUCUGAAGUAGCAUGCUCUUUAUUUUUUUAGCUUUAUAGUCAUAUAUUUUUUAGUAUGGAGAUUGAAUGGCUGUACCUUUAAUUAGAAUGUUUUUAUAGAUACCAGAGCUGUUGUUACUUGUAUAGAGUGGGGAGAAUGUCACAGCAGAAGCUAACCAUUAUCAUGUCAGGAGUAUGAAAACUACCUUAAUAAAGUUUUAAAAAUGUUAAUGCAUGUAUAAGUUCUAGUAUGUAUUAAAACAUCAAUCUUUUUAAAUUCAAAUUGUAUGAAAUUGAGGGUUGAGACUUUGCCAAACUUCUCAAAGUUACUAUUUUAGUCAAACAUAAGUUGGGUAAAUGAAUUCUAACUAUGUAUAUUAAAGAUUCCCAAAUGAAUUUACUUCUAGUAACACCAGAUUCCAUGAAAUGCUUGAGGAAGUUGGAUUGAUACCUUUGAAUCAGUUGAAAAAAAUUGAUAAAAUGAAAGCCAAAUUUCCUAAAUAUAAGUAAGUUUCUGUGCUAGUUUUUAGCACAGUUUUUUUUAGUAUAUUAAAUUGAUUGUCAUCUUACAUUACUGGUUGGAUUGAUUAUUCUCAUAGAUUACUGUGUUGUGAAUUUUUGGAUACUUUGUAUGAAAAUUAGUGGCAUGCCAUAUAUAGAAACUUUAUGUUUUUUGAUUUCCAUCUAAUUUUUCCUGUCUUUGUAUACCUUUUUCUUAUUUUUCAAUUUCACUUGUUAGGGAAAAAUAUAUUUUUUCUUCUCCAUUAAAACACUUCCUUCUACAUGAGCUUGUCAGUUUUCCCAUCUGGGAUAAUUCUAUGAGCGUUUUCCUCCUGGGAAAAGAAGCUUGCUAAUGACUAACAUGACUUUUUCAAAAUUCUAUUAAGAUAUAUACUUUCAUUCCUUUAUUUCUAUAGUGUUUCUUUAUUUCCUCACAAAAUAACAAGAGGUACACAGGAAGAGGAAGCAAUGGAAAGGGUCACGUGGAUGCCUGGGAUCAGUCUAACACAAAUAAUGAUUAGGUCGAUAUAAAUUAAACUAACUAAUCAUUAACACAAAUAAUGAUUAGUGAUGUAAAUAAUUUAAAAGGAUGCCUCUAUGCUAUUUCUAAAAUAAUCUUGGUUUUCCGGGAUGAGAAAAUAUUUGUCUAAAUGGGAAAAACAAAGACUUUAGAAAUAAUUAUAUAUAUACAUGUGCCUACACAAACAUACAUAUCUUAUGUGUGCUAAAACUAGAUUUUAAAAAAAUGGACAGUUCUGUCAUCAUUAAAGAGCAAUUUAUUUCUGGGAUAGUUGGGUAGUGUUUCGGAUUAGCUUUACUCCUUGUGGAGUGUGUGCACCGGAAGAUCAGUUUUCUUUAGUAGGAAGACAGAACAAGGCUGCCCCAUUUUCAGUUAUUUAUAAUUCUAAACACUCGACCAGCUAUCCUGUUUUCCUGUUUUCACCCAACUGAUCUAAAAUUAAAAGGUAGAAAAAUUCUGGUGAUCAUAGUUAAGGCACAGUACAAGAUCUCUGGUGUAAAUGAAGGGCAUUUAUUGAAAACAAACAGAGUUUACUGAUUUUUUUAGGACAGUUUGAAGCAGCAUGAAGUUUGGUAUAUAUUUAUUCUUUGAUCUUACUGAGUAUGAAUGGCUUUUCAGAGUUGUAAGAAAAAAAUACAUGUACAAUGUGAGAUCACAAAAUGACAUAUUGGGAUAUGAGUGACAUCAAGAGAUUUACUCACGAGACCAUGCCUAGAAAUUCUUUUCUGAGAGUUUUACUUCUAUUAAUUGACUUCUUUCAUUGAGUGAUAUGCAGCAUCAUUCUCACAGUACAAAUGAUGCUCAUUGUGAUAUUCUACAGAGCUGGUCCUUCAAAUACAUUUUAUGCUUUUACAUUCAGGUUUGUUUUUAUUGUAUUUUAAUAAAUGGAAGAAAUGAACUUCCUGUAACAUAGUUACCUUUUUAAAAGGUACAUUCUUACUACUAAUGGAGGCCUAAUUUCCAUUAUAUUCACUCUGCUACAGAAAUGCUUAAUGCCAGGAAGGAGAUAUUUACUGGAAUCCACAAGUCCAGAAUUCAUCAUGAUUCAGUGAGAAAUCCACUGCCCUUUGCUCCCCACCCCCUCUUGGACUGGAAUGAAAUGUGCCUUAAACUGAAGUGAAAUACAUCACAUGCAGCAACAGUGGGCCCUCGCUUUGCCUCUAUUCCUGGUGUGAAAUCGAUACACUAUCUUUCCUCCUGACCUGUUUCGUGACCUCCAUUGCAGCUUUCAUGCUGAACAGCAAUUGCUUUGAACAGUCUGGGUCUGCCACAGCUCACAAAUGAUUCUCAGCUUCUGUCUAAAACUGGUGCCGAUAACAAAGGCUUGAUUUUAAAUAAUGCAGUUGUAGUCGUCUUCUAAUUAUGAAUUACAUGAAAGUGCAAGCUCCUCCAUUAUUAAACACUUUCAAUAGCAGGCACGGUACAUGUACAGGCAGCACAUAGGAGCCUGGGGCCUGGGAAUCAGGCUUUUACAUUUCUCUAAGUUUGAAUUGCUAGAAAAGGGAAGGAAGUACAAGGCAUAUUUGCAUUUUACUCAUUUCCUUUGUAGAAUUUUGUUUGAUGCACUAUUAUAUCAUUUUCAAUGUGAGACUUUAUUUUUUUUCUUGUGGGAAUAUUUUUGACUACUAGAUUAUACUUACAAAAGAAAAGACUUUGAUAAAAAAAAAUAUAUAUAUAUAUACAUUUUGCUACAGUAGAUCUCGUUAUGAAAUUCUAGGGUCAGGCCUUUAGGAUUUUGACUUACUUGAAGUGACAUUAACUUGCAGGGAUAUUCUUCAUUUCAAUCACUCUGUAACUGAAUUGGAGGAAGUAGAAACAUCAUAUGAUAGCAUUUGAGUCAUCUUCUGGAAGUUAUUGAAUGGAGGAAUUUAUUCUUUCAAGGAAAUAAUAGACAUUGUUACAUAUUUUAAGAAAAUAUUGUGUAACUAACUGGAUUGCUUUAUUUUACCAGACUGAAAUCAAGGGGAUAACAAAAAUUCUAGAUAGAAGUGGGGUUUUUCCAAACAUUUUGGAAUUGGUGUAGGAUUAAAGCAGAUUUAGCAUGCUUUGUAAAACAGUAACAUGUGAGUCCUUCUUAGGUGCAUUCUUAGUGAUGUUGAAAUUAAAUUUGUCUAAUGAUGAAGGGCAAAUGUACUCCCCAAAUGGCCAUGUUGUAUCAGUGAUUUAUGUCACAUAUAUAUCUACAUACCACGAAGAAUUUUUAGUCCAUAACUUUUAUUAUUUCAUUCCAUGAGUUGUGUGGAGUCACAGAAGGAAGGAAUGUUAGAGCCCUAAGCUGGUGUUCUUCACCUAACCCACAGUUAUGUGGCUUUAACUAAGUUUUCUAAUCUUUGCUCAGUUUGGUUCUGUCAUUUGUAGAAUGUAAUUAUGAAUGAGAAUAUGUUUUUACAUACUUAUUGCAGAUUUAGGUAAUCAUAAUGCUUGUAAUAACCCUUUGCAUUUACGCAGACCUUAUCUUUUCCAAUGAUCCUUCCUCCCAACACCUGACCUUCAGAACUUGUAGGUAGGGCUUGUUACUAUUCCCAGUUUCUUUUAGAAACCAAGAAACAGAGUAAGUGAGUUUGUCAAGAGGGCACUGGCAAAACAUGGCAGAACUGAAACAGAAACAGAGUCAGCUGACUUCUAGUUCAAAGCUCACUUGAGUAGUGGUGAAGGUGAGAAUUUUUUAUGAAUAUCAAAACUUGAAAGGUAGAGAUUUAAUAUCAUAGACUCCAUAUUUUUUCGUUGCUCAAAUAAUGUCAUAUAAAAUUUAAUACCUGUUAACAAUCUAUUGAUUCGUUAUUGUUCUAUUUAAUGAAAAUAAUGUUACCUUGGGACAAGUACAGGUCAGUUAAUUACAGAAUAAAUUAUGUUUAUAAAUGUAUGAACAUACACACUUCAGUGUACCUGUGGUGAAUGAAAAGAGACACUUUUGAUGUAGUGACACACAGUCGAACUAUGACUAAGGCUCUUCUAAGAACUAGGGAUUUUGUGAUCAUGAUAAUUUCUUCAAAACAUGAUGUAACUUGAAUCAUUUAAAUUUGAAGUUUGAAAGUUCAGCAACUGAAAAUCCAAUGAACUGUCACAUUAUUUUCUAAAACAUUUGAUAGUUUCUCCUUGUGAAUACAUGAAAGUAAAUUUUAAAAGUAAAUUAAAACAUGGAACGAUACCUGUAACCUUAUAGCAAAGACAGAGCCUAUGUUACGGUGUAUUUCCAUAUUUUUAAGAAAUAUUUCCAGCUUUAACUGUGGGUCCUGUGUUCUGGAAAACAUAUGAUUAGAAGCUUCUCAUUAUUUCUCCCUGUAUGACACUCCCUGAUGUACUAACCCAUGGGAGUACCUGUGGAACUAUUCCAACUAGAUGUUCAUGGUAAGGAAAAGAGAGUGGUAUUGGACAGCCUGUUUGUGUCCUGGGUGUUGAAUCCUCUAUUCAUAAGCACAUAUGGUUGUCUGUAUAUGGUCCAUGAUGAAGAGAGCAAGUGUCAUCAAAGACUUUCAUACCUCCCAGGCAUGUAUCACAAAAGGACUGUCUUUUCAAAUUGUUAGCAAACAUUGCAAAAUUAAAACCUUUGACAAAAUAUUGGUACUUUGAAACACAUUUAUACCCUCUCUCAUCCUCAUUACAUGCAUUGUCUUUAUUUUUCAAGAUGCCACUUCAUAUAACCAUUGUGAACUUGGCCUUUGCAUUGGGAUUAUAUUGAUGACACUUUAGCAUUCAAAUUUUAGUUCCUAAUUUGAAGGUAUGCUAUUUUUAUUAUUAGUUUUUCCACAAAAAGAGUAAAACCUGGCUGUAUUUCAGUGGUAAAUCAGUUUAACCAAGUUAGGAAACGCCUUUUAUUCAUAGCAGUUAUUUUGAGACAGGUGCGUUACAGAAAUGUGGGUUGUGGAGACAGAAAAAAUACAAACUUUUAUACAGAACCAUUUUUUCCUUUAAAGAAGACAGUGCUAAUAAAUCUUGUUGAAUCAAGACCUUGAAAGAAACUGAAAAUAUGUACAGAUCUCAAAUAUACCCAAGAAAAGUACUUUAUAUUACCUUGCUGCUGCUGCUUCAUAAUGUAGUUUUAGUUGAAUGUAAUCUCUUCCACUCAAAUUUAUUUUUGAGAAAUUGCCACACUGAAAGUUGAAACUGUUUUUGUCAUUCAAAAGAAGUGGAAGAUCAAUACUGAAGCUCUCCUAUUAGUUGGCCCACCUACUUUAGUGUUAAAAGAUUUAUGAUAAGAACAUAUUUCUAAAUAUAUAAUACAUACUAGCAGUAACCUCAAAAUAAAACUUUUUUAUUCAAGGAGAAGAAGGUGGUCUAUUUAUUAUUGAAAUGCUACACUAAACUAUAAUUCAGUGAUAUUUUAUUCCAAUUAAAUUGUCCUUAGUAAUAAUCCUUUUUAUGAUAAGCAAAACUUAAUAAUACAGGAUAUAUUCUCUGCAAUGAAUUGUUGUGUAACAAGACUUGAUGGUAAUUCUACCUUUUCCAAAAUCUGAUAUCAGGCAAUUUAUCUUCUAAAUAAUACUCCUGAGUACCAAAGCUGAAAUGUUUUGGCUUCCACCCAAAUCAAACUUGAAGAAGCAGAUUCUCCAGAGCAUUUGCCUAACUCUGUAAAUUUAAUUGUUAUAAUGAAUAGAAUACAUGUGUCAAGAUUACUUGUGAUUUUACCUGUUUACUUCUCUUCCUAAAACAGAGCAACAUGACAAGGGCUAUUAACUCUAAUUGGAAUUUAAAGGGAAAAAAAGCAUUUAACAUAGUACAUGAUCAUUAAAUAUAAAGUAUCGUAAAUGCCCAAUUCCAGUAAAUAAUUUCAGAGCAGUACAGAUUAAAAAUUUUAUUAUUAUAAAACAUUGGUAAAAAAUUUAAAAAUUCCCUAAAUUUUCAGAUGAAAAUGUUUACAUAUCCAAAGGGAUAUCUCCUAAUAAUUUACUUCAUUGCCUUAUUACAAUUUACAUAAUUGUCCUAUUACAGUAUCCUUUAUUUCCUACAUCUAACAGCAUGAUAUAUUUCUCAUGUUGACUUAUUUGUAGUAUUUUCACAGACAACAAAACUAAUGAGGUACUUGGAUCAAAUCAGUAUUAGUGCCACUAGCAUCCAAGCCUGAGAUUAGAGAUAACAAACAUACUGCUUCUUUUUAUCAUUUAUUUAAAAGAUUGAAAUGAUAAUUGAUUGUGGAACAGAAAAUUUUUCUAUAACCCAUUGUCAUUAGUAACGUUAGUUUUAAUAACAAGAUGAUCAACAUUACAUAGUCACUGCUGCUAAUUUAGUGUGAUUUAUCAAAGAUCAUUCUUUUUACUCUUUUUGUUAUAGGCCCUUGCUUUGUAGUGGAGGUUGGUCUUGAACUCACUAUGUAGCCCAAGCUGUCUUGAUGAUGUGACAGGGCUCCUGCCUCAGUCUCCUGAUCAAAUGGAUUGAGUUCACAAUAUAUCUAUUUGGUAGUUCUAGGAAUCCAAUUGAACAUCAUGUACAUGCUAGGCAAGUACUCUACCACAAAGCUAUACUCAUGGCUUAGCCCAUGUGUAUUUUUAUUUCUGAGACUGGCCAGAGAAACUUAGCAUUUUGUAACCCUUCUUAGCCUCUUUAAUCUGAAAGCCUAAGUUGUGAUUUGUUGUUUAGUAUUCCUGUAUGUUAAUAUUUUCAGAGCAUUUACAUUUCUCAUUUUUGAUCACUCUCAAAAAUUGAUCUAAUACAUCUAGUAAGUGACCCAAAGUCUAGACAUUAUUUAUCUCUUUACUAUGUUAGUAUACAUGCAUUUUUAUUAGUGGUCAGAAAUAUAUUGUUAUAUUGCAUUAUGUUGACAUCUUGUAUAGAUGAAGUGAGACAGUCUAUUUCAGAAUUUCGUUUUUUUAACUUGAGAAAGUUGUUAAUCUUAAUUCACUUGGGCAAGACAGUUACAGAGAAAAGUUUCUUGAUGAGCUCUUGAUUUGAGGUAAGGCUUAAUAAAGAACCUCUAUUUAGAUCUUAAGACUAUGUAGAAAAUGGAAUAUUGCUUUGGGAAUGUACAUUUAUUUCCAGAGCUUUUAGGCUAUACAAAAGAAAAACUGAGCUGAGCUGGGAUGAAUGUUCCUAAGCUAUAGACAUCGUUUGAAUUAAUCCUUCAAGGAAUGGUGAUUUUAGACAUUGAGAAUCUGAGCUAUAAAGAUACAAUCAUAGAACCAUUCUCUGUACAUACUUACUGUCUUGUUAGCUUUUGAACAAGUUUUAGAAUCAAAUUCUAAAAUGUGAAGACUUUCUUUAACUAGAAUUCAUAGCAUAAUAGAAAACUGACAACAAAAUGGUAGAGCAAAUUUUAUAGCAGAAGAAUAAUAUGCUGUCCUUUUUGAUUCUGGGCCACUUAAAUUCAUAAACUAGGUAAGUCCUAAAAAGUACAUGCAAAUCAUCUGGGAAAGUAAAAGUCAAGGCAGUGUGGGAGAGAAAAUGUCAUGUGUAAAGACAAGCAGGCAUGUAGAGUGUGGGGAAUGACUAGCAAGGAGUAGGUGAGAAAGAAUGAUGUUGGGUGUAGUUGUAGGAAUAGGCAUGUGCAGCUCAAGAUGAGUCUUGUGUGCCGAGUGUGGUUCUGGGGAGAGUCUGCGUGGUAAUGAUUUGUGUGAGCUUUCCAUUACUGUAACAAAUACUUUGAUAAUUAAUUUAUAAGGAGAAAAGGUUUAUUUUGGCUCCACUUGGGAGGUUUGUUGGCCCCUUUUUGGGGGGGUUUGUAGAGGAGGACAUGGCACAGUAUUCCAGAGAGCAAGUGGUAGAACAAGCUGCUCCCCUCACACUGGAAUGUCCACGGACUUCCACCCUCUUCUGUAGUAGAAUUCCAGAGGCUGAAUCUCUUUAAAAGUUUUUACUAUCUCCCAAGAGUACCAGAGUCUGGGGACCAAUCCUUUAACACAUGGCCCUUUUGGCCCAUGUUAUAUAUAUUCAAACUGUGGAAUGAUCUAAUUAGAUCCACAAUGAAAUGCCUUAUUUUGUUCAUGGCGUGACUGAUGGAGUGAAGGAAGAUAAGUUUAAAGCCAAUAAUGUGUAGUGAUCUGGAUAAGACAACUUAUUUGAAGUAUGCAUAAGACAUUGGUUAAAGAGAAGUGGACUUACAAACAUAAGUAGAAGUCAAAUUCAAAGAGGCUUGGUAAGUUCUUGCUAGUGGAGGAUGAGGGAAAGAAAGAAUCAAAGGCUAGUUCUAGGUGUGCUACCUGAGAGAGACUGUGGAGCUAGGAAAGUAGCUUAGAAGUAGACUGCUUGCCUAGCUGGCACAAGGUCCUUGGAUUCAAUACUAAAUAUGCAUGCAUGCAUACAUACAUACAUACACACUGCCAUUAAUCCUCCUGAAAAUACUGCUCCUGGCUUUGACCAUACAACACCUAACCCAUUGUUCUUGCCACUUUCUGAAGCAGUUAGGGAAGUAUUUUUUCAUGUCUUUUGUUGUGAUGUUGUGCCUGCCUCGAUGUUGUGAACCAAUUCAAAAUGCUUAUAUUUUAUGGUCAGUUUGACUUUGGGAAAGAGCCAUAAGUUGCAUGGUGCCAGGCCCAGUAAAUAAGGUGGAUUAAGACAUACUGUAAUGUUUUUAAGAGCCUGAUUUUCCAUUGGGUAACAAUCAGCAGUAGCAUUGACUCUAUCUUUGAUCACACUUCACCAAGACACUCACAAAGGAAGGCUUCCAGAACCGAUUGAGAAAAUGGCAAAAAUGAUGGAAUAAGUGUGUUCAGAGGAAGGGGAAGUAUUUUGAGAGAUUAAUGGCAGUGCAUCUUUUUCUGUAAUAGAUUUUUGAAACCUUAAACAUGCACCAUAUAUUUUGAUACCUAUCUAUUCCUCUUACCUGUCCAUCCAAUCUGUGCAUCUCUAAUAAAUGUGCCAUUCAUCCCAUAAAACCCAAAUCCCCAUUGUGCAUACUGUUGUCCUUUCUCAUUCAGGACAGAAUAGUUUUUUGAAGAAAUUUCAUGGUCACCAGAGAUCUUAAUAUCAUGGAGUAAAAAUUUGAGUGAGUCUUAACUUAUGAAUUUGGAGCUGUUUAAUGAUUUGCAUCUAUUUCUGAUGAGCCUUGGACAUGUGAUUGGACAAGGAGAAAGCAUAAAAAAAUUCUUAAGAAUAAAAACAGAAUAGUAGCAGAUGAUUAAGACAGCCUUCCUACAUGAAUACUGAGAUUUCUUGAUCACUGAAAAGUUCUGUGUUGAAUACUUCCUAGUAGUGUUAUUAAAUGUAGAGGAUGUUGCCUAGAAACACUUAUAGUUUCUGAAUCUAUGCCCAGCACUGUACUCCUGGUCAUGGUGCAGUCUGUCAUGUGCCUUGACCUUUCUGAGUUUAAUUUCUUCAGUGAAAGUGCAGUUUCCUCCUAGGUGUUUCUUCUGCUCUGAAAGCUGUCCGUCUGGAAUUGUAUAGGAUACAAUUGUAUAGGAUACUGUAUUGUAUAGGAUAUUCAUUGUGUAGAAUACUCUGUAUUAAUGAAAAAAGAUUUAUGAAAUUGGAAUAAUUUAGAGAUGAUUAUUUGCAUUGCAGAUAGAUUUUCUUUAUAAUAGAAUUUAUUUGUGAGGAGUCCUUUUAGAGAGUUUGAUGUUGUUUGGAAAAAAAAACACUGUAAACUUGGGGUUAAAAGAUCUUAUCUGAAAAUGAGGCUGUAUACAUCUAUUAAUUGUAUGACUUAAUUGCUUUAAAUCAUAGUGUCUUCAUUUUAAAAUUAACAUAUUAAUACAAUGCCUGGCCCGUUGUUCUAGUCAUUCUGAAGGUUGUCAGGAAUUAUAUAAAUGAAAGUUAUUCUUGCUCAAAGAGUAGUCAUCAUAACGUGAUACACGUUCACAUAAUUCUCUUAGUGUUGGCCCUGAUUCCAGGAAGUGCUCCUAGUUUCAUAAGCACUAUAGAGAUCCAUGUACAAUGGUGCACAUGAUAAUGAUAGUAGAUAUUUUACACUGAAAAGUGUUCUCACAUUCUCCGCAGGUCUCUGAAUUCAGGCUGUGCCUUUCCAAUCAGUGUUAGUGCAAUUAGGAUCGUACCUUGACCAUAGGAAGACUCCUAUCAGUUUGCAUUUCCCUGCUGAUCUCUACCCACCUGUGUUAGCUUUGUGCUGCUGUGAACAAAAUUCCUGAGAAUAACUUCAGUCCUUGGUUAGCUAGUUCCAUUGCUUUUAGGCCUGUGGCAAGGUAGAGACCUUGCGAUAGAAACGCAUGGCAACUGAUAACUGCUCACCUCAUGGCAACCAGGAGGGAGAGAGAAGAGUGGUGCAUAAUAUAUAGUCUCCAAGGUAUUGUCCACAGGACCCACUCCAUUACCUUCCAAUAAUGCUAUAAAAUUAUAAUCCCAUCAAUGGAUUAAUCCACUGAUGAUUUAGAGCCAUCCUGAUCCAAUCACCUUCUAAAAGCCCCAUCUUUGAACACGAGUCUUUUGGGGGAAUGCACUUUAGCUCCAAAGAAGACUGUGCCUCCAGCCAUGUAAAACUCACAUUUUAUUAUCUUUGGUUUGCUUGUCUAGUUCUAGGUAUGUACUGACAUAAUUUUGUCAGUCAUUAUGCUUCAGCAGUACUUGCAAGAGUCCAAAAUGAAUGAGGAAAAAGAGGUCACAGUGUUAAAUAGCAUACUUUGCUGAGUACACUGAUCUCAGAAUGAGGCCAAGAAUUCACAGUGUGUGAUAGGUUUUUGAAAAUCUGUCCCAGCACUUACUGGAUGAAAGUUUUAAGUACUGAGUGCUCCUGCUUUUGUUUUCCAAGAGGUAACAGUGCUGCAGGAAUAAAGAUGAUGUGUAUUUACACAUUUAAGAAGGGAGCCUUUUGAUGAAGGGACUGAAGCUCCUUUCAGGCCCUAAUGCUUUUCUAAGACCUACAAAUGUAGAGUGAGUUUGGAGGUCAUCUUUCUGUGAUAAAGAUAUAUAAUGUAUGGAUCCAGUUAGCAUAUGGUUCUGUGGGCUUCAUAGAUAUGUGUCGGCAGCAUUUAGCCAGUAUCCAUGAGUAUCCCUGUGCAAUGACUAAUAUAGAUAACUUAGUAAAUGUUAGUUGAAUGAGUGAAUUAAUAGAGAAUGGUUAUGACUCUGUUUCAGAUACUGUGAUAAAUGUUACACAUUAUCUCUAAUAUGCUCUCAGUACCAUUUAUUAUCAUCAUUAUAGAUUCAGAGAAUCAGUGUUCUUUUUUCAGUAUCACAUUGUUAGUAUCUGGCAGAGUUCAAAUUUUCAUAGCUUUCCUGAAUUUGGUUUCCAGUCAUGAGCUCCUGAAUACUACUUAGACAUGUACCCCCCCCCCCCCAUGGACAAAUGCAAGGACUCUCAAAGAGACUGAGGAGUACAAAGAGAGGCCCAUCUAAUUACCUCCCUUGUGUCUGAUUCACUGGAGUAUAAUUGGACUAGAUGUUCAAAUACUUUCUCAGUUAUCCUAUUAGGUUUUUGUUUAUUUUGCCUUUAAGUUUAUUAUCGUGUAAGGCUUGUUAGCUUUCCAGAGUUAAUAGGAACUGCAGGGAUACUUUGAUUAGUGCUAAGAAAGUUCUCUAGGUAUGUUAUAAGCUACAGGGGAAAGUCUAAUUGGAGACACAGACUCUUAAGUUUUGUUAAAAGUCACCUCUUAGUAAAGAACCCACUCUUCUUUGUUUAGCACUUGAGUCUUCUCUGUGCCCCAGAACCUGACCAAGGGUGUUCCAGGAGGCUCAAAACAUUAGCAGUGACAGGAAACUCCCCAUAACUGAACAGGGCUUAUUUAGUCCUUGAGUAGAUUUGGCUGUUUGGAUUUUUUAAAAGCUUCUUAUGUCUUCAGCGUCUUCAACCGAAUUUCUUUUUGUAGGCUCAUUACAGGUAGGAAUGUUCUCCAGGGUGAUGUUUCAAAUAUCUGAAACCUGAUGAUCUUCCCUACAUUUUGUCUCUGGAGGAUCUAGUUCCCUCAAUAGCUCAUCAUCUGUGCUGGGUGCUGGUCUUACACUGUACAGUCAUCCUUUAAUAAAUAUUACAUUAAUUGAAUUACUAUGCCAGAUGAUAAAUUAUCAUGAAACAAAAGUCUAUCAAGAACAUAGCAAACAAAUAAUAAAAAGAAUAUAGCCUAUCUGCAAGAAUUAAAGUAUUAGAGGGAAGAUUUUAAAUGAUCACAGUGGAAGACUUGUUUUGAAUGGAAAUUUGUCAUUUUCACCCUGUAGUUUUUAAAAAUACUUGAUCUUUCAGUGAGUUUGCUAACCUGGGCAUUUAUAAGGACAAUUAGUAUUAUUGAACAGUAAUUGUGUGAGUUUUCGGCUAAACAGUUUACACAGUUCUCUCUUUCAAUUCUGCUAAGCAUGCUGUUUUAUAGGUAUCCCCAUUUUUAUGUGAGGAAACGGAACUUAAAAGAGAUUAACUAAUUUGCCUAGUACCACCUUAAACUGAGUUGCUGGGACCUGCCAAACUCAAAGUUGAUUGCAGAAUUUGAACUCUUAACUGCAUUGCCACCUGGUGUAGCAUGUUAGUAUACUCAUUUGUUUUGCUUUUAAAAAAAAAUCUACCUUUUUGUUUUGAAAACACCACAACCCAUGUUUUAUUGCUUAGAUAUCUCUGAAUGACCAUAUCAGAACUUUAUGGGCCAGGAAAUUUUGUUUGGCAUCAUCAAUGCAGCUGUCAUGCCCAUGAGAGCAGGAGACAGGAAAACACUGGUCACUGUCAUUCUUGGAGCCCUUGACCUUGGCUCUGAGGAACCAAAGAGAACAAAUUCCUUGGUGGCAAGACUUCUCAAACUCAGAGUUGAUAAGUAAAUAUUCUCAAAAUAGGCAAAAAACAAUUUAAGGGAACAAGUAAAGAAUUAAAUUUCAACUGGAAUUCAGCACAAAACUUGAAAAUAGAAGUAGCUUGUGAAUAAAGUUCUUGAAUGAAGGUUUUAUGUCAUAGCCAUAACGUCUGCAGUUCAGAUACCUGUAUUAGAAAAUGCAGUCUCCAGGAGUGGCUAAGAAUCACUGUUAUCCUCAGAAAUACCUUACCAAGAUGGUUUAUUAAAUUUUAAACAUUUUAAAAUAUGAACUUAAAAUUAAUGCAAUCUUUAGGUUGUUGGUUUAUCUCUAGUAGGUUUUUUUUUAAAUUUUUUUUAUCUGUUAUGCAUUUAAUUACAAUCACCAAAACCACUCUGACCAAUCAGGUUCUGAGCUGUGUGCCUUAUAAUGGGAUCUCUGGGGAAUAUGACAGAAACUGCCCGAGUGCAAAGAGAAUAACUGCCCAGCAUCCUCUGCCCAACCAAUCAGAAUGUAGGAAAAUCUACAGAUAUGACGGAAUCUACUGUGAAUCUACCUACCAGAAUUUACAAGCAUUGAGAAAGGAGAAGUCUCGAGACGCUGCUCGUUCCCGCCGGGGAAAAGAAAAUUUUGAGUUCUAUGAAUUGGCCAAGUUGUUGCCUCUCCCUGCAGCCAUCACCAGCCAGCUGGACAAGGCAUCCAUCAUUCGACUUACAAUUAGCUAUCUGAAAAUGCGGGACUUUGCUAAUCAGGGAGACCCUCCGUGGAACUUGCGAAUGGAAGGCCCUCCACCCAACACAUCAGUAAAAGGGAUACAAAUGUGGAAAUCUGAACUCUGCAUGAGAAAGACACCAUGUGAAGGUGCACAACGAAGGAGAAGCCCCAGCGCACUAGCCAUUGAAGUAUUUGAAGCACAUUUGGGAAGUCACAUUUUGCAGGUAGAGCUGACAGGCAGCAGCGUCUUUGACUAUGUCCACCCUGGGGACCACGUGGAGAUGGCAGAGCAGCUGGGCAUGAAGCUCCCACCUGGGCGGGGUCUCCUCUCACAGGGCACCGCAGAGGAUGGAGCCAGCUCAGCAUCUUCUUCCUCUCAGUCAGAAACCCCUGAGCCAGUGGAGUCAACCAGCCCCAGUCUGCUAACCACUGACAACACUCUUGAGCGUUCCUUUUUCAUCCGAAUGAAAUCUACCCUGACCAAACGAGGUGUGCACAUCAAAUCAUCAGGAUAUAAGGUGAUUCACAUAACAGGCCGGCUACGCCUGAGAGUAUCGCUGUCCCACGGGAGGACCGUCCCCAGCCAAAUCAUGGGUCUUGUGGUGGUGGCUCAUGCCUUGCCUCCUCCUACGAUCAAUGAAGUCAGAAUUGACUGCCAUAUGUUCGUCACUCGAGUAAAUAUGGACCUCAAUAUCAUUUACUGUGAAAAUAGAAUUAGUGAUUACAUGGAUUUGACCCCUGUAGACAUCGUAGGGAAAAGAUGCUACCACUUCAUCCAUGCCGAAGAUGUAGAGGGGAUCAGGCAUAGUCACCUGGACCUGCUGAAUAAGGGUCAGUGUGUGACGAAGUACUAUCGCUGGAUGCAGAAGAACGGAGGCUACAUUUGGAUACAGUCUAGUGCCACCAUAGCUAUUAAUGCCAAGAAUGCCAAUGAAAAGAACAUCAUCUGGGUGAAUUAUCUUCUUAGCAAUCCCGAGUACAAAGACACACCCAUGGACAUCGCACAGCUCCCCCACCUGCCAGAGAAAACUUCGGAAUCCUCCGAGACAUCCGACUCUGAGUCAGAUUCUAAAGACACCUCAGGUAUUACAGAGGACAACGAGAACUCCAAGUCGGACGAGAAGGGGAAUCAGUCGGAGAACAGCGAAGACCCGGAGCCCGACCGCAAGAAGUCGGGCAGCGGGUGCGACAACGACAUGAACUGCAACGACGACGGCCACAGCUCCAGCAACCCGGACAGCCGCGACAGCGACGACAGCUUCGAGCACUCGGACUUUGAGAACCCCAAGGCGGCGGAGGACGGCUUCAGCGCGCUGGGGCCCAUGCAGAUCAAGGUGGAGCGCUACGUGGAGAGCGAGUCGGACCUGCGGCUGCAGAACUGCGAGUCGCUCACGUCCGACAGCGCCAAGGACUCGGACAGCGCGGGCGAGGCGGGCGCGCAGGCCUCCAGCAAGCACCAGAAGCGCAAGAAGCGGCGGAAACGGCAGAAGGGCGGCAGCGCCAGCCGCCGGCGCCUGUCCAGCGCGUCGAGCCCCGGCGGCCUGGACGCCGGCCUGGUGGAGCCCCCGCGGCUGCUGUCCUCCCCGCACAGUGCCUCGGUGCUCAAGAUCAAGACGGAGAUCUCGGAACCCAUCAACUUCGACAACGACAGCAGCAUCUGGAACUACCCGCCCAACCGGGAGAUCUCCAGGAACGAGUCCCCCUACAGCAUGACCAAGCCGCCCAGCUCCGAGCACUUCCCGUCCCCGCAGGGCGGCGCGGGCAGCGGCGGGCUGCACGUGGCCAUCCCGGACUCGGUGCUCACCCCGCCGGGCGCCGACGGCGCGGCCGCCCGCAAGACCCAGUUCGGCUCCUCGGCCGCCUCGGCCUUGGCCCCCGUCGCCUCCGACCCUCUGUCGCCCCCGCUGUCGGCGUCCCCGCGGGACAAGCACCCCGGGGGCGGCGGGGCCGGCGGGGGCGGCGGCGGGGGCCCCAGCGCGGCCAACUCCUUGCUGUACACUGGGGACCUGGAGGCGCUGCAGAGGUUGCAAGCGGGCAACGUGGUGCUGCCUCUGGUGCACCGGGUGACGGGCACCCUGGCCGCCACCAGCACGGCCGCGCAGAGGGUCUACACCACGGGCACCAUCCGCUACGCGCCCGCCGAGGUGACCCUGGCCAUGCAGGGCAACCUGCUGCCCAACGCGCACGCUGUUAACUUCGUGGACGUUAACAGCCCCGGCUUUGGCCUCGACCCCAAGACGCCCAUGGAGAUGCUCUACCACCACGUGCACAGGCUCAACAUGUCCGGACCGUUCGGCGGCGCCGUGAGCGCGGCCAGCCUGACGCAGAUGCCCGCGGGCAACGUGUUCACCACGGCCGAGGGACUCUUCUCCACGCUGCCCUUCCCGGUCUACAGCAACGGCAUCCACGCCGCGCAGACUCUGGAGCGCAAGGAGGACUGAGGCGGGCGCCCCCGCCCGGCGUGCGCGGGUUCCGCUUGGAGGCAUCGUCGGCUUUUCGUUUUAGACCUUUAAUUCUAGCACUUUGAAUUCGAGCAGGUCAGCGUCUUCUCUCCACACGACGGUCCCCAUUCCAUCCCUUCUUUCUUUAAUAUGACUUAUUCUUUCAUGUAAAGAUACGUUUAUUUUUUGCCUUCAGAGGGUCAGAUGACCAGUUGCCUGCCGUUUUGUCUUCUUCUAAGAUGUGUCUUGGGUUGUUUUGCUUUCCUUUGCAUCUUUAUUAAGAUGUCUUUAAUGUGUAUAUGCCUCUGCCAUAGAAUACUCAGUCUUGUGGUCAAGAGAUUUUUCAAGUAACAACCCUUGGUUUUUUCAUAAAGAUCUUGAUCUGAUCAAGAUGGAAAGAGACAAGCAUAAACAAUGCCCUGUUUGACUAAGUCAAAUGAUAUGGGGUGGUUUUUUUGUUUGUUUGUUUGUUUCUGUUCUUAAUUCCUUUUAAAAUAGGGGGAUAGUAUUUUAGAAUUUUAUGCAGAAUUUAAUUCUCUUUUUAUGGUUAAGAUUUUAAGAUUUUCUUACUUGCACAUAAAAAUAAUUUGGGUUCUUAAACUUAAUUUCUGGCCUGUGACUAGAAUGUUUUUUAAAAAAAAAAAGUUGGACUAAAUGUUAAUUACUGAAACAUUAACUUAAUUUCUAAAACCAUGGUGCUAUCAUUUAUUAAUCUGUAAUGUCUUCAUACAAAAUGCAGCUCCUGGGCUGAGUUUUGGGGAAAAAAAAAAUGUGUUCUGUCUUGGUCUGGAGUCCGUUGCUGCAGUCUCCUUGGUUAGUUAAGACAAAGCCCUCAUUAACGUUUGCUGCAGGACUUAAAUUUUUUUACCUCCCAACUAACAAACAUAGCCUCACAUUAAAUUUAAGGGGUCAGUAAAGUCCUUUUAAAAAGGGGCUUUCGGAAAACUCAAUCAAGCUGAUUUGAGGAGCAGUUUAGGUACAUACUGUCUUUUGUUGAGCUUUUUUUUUUCCUUACUCAGUCUAACUGAGGCUAAUUUUGCAACUACAGUAACACUUCGAAGUAAAAGAAGGAAAAUAUUUAACAUGUUUCUGGUUUUCUUUUUCAUUUCUUGCUUAAAGAAAAAAAAAUGGAAGGUUGUAUUUUGGGGGACUGGUUUGCUAGAAUUUAUUUCCCUUUGCUUAUUUCUGGAUUGAAACCAAUAAGUUUUAAAACUAAAGAAUGGGUUAAUAAGCUUCAGACAGAUAACUGCAAAUGAAAACUGCACAUUAAGUUAAAAAAAGAAAAAAAGAAAAAGAAAAGAAAAAAUAUCCUAUUUUGUCUUUGUUGCCAGAAAUCAGUGUGGUGUCAAACACUCCAAAUGACUGUCAAGUAUAAAUUCUUCCUCCACUUCAUUUUUGGCAGCUGUUUGUUAAGGCAUCUAAUAACGGAUGUGAAAACUGUAACGUGUACAGUGUGUAUGUGUCUUUGGCCGUCAGUCCCAUGCAGUUUCAAUGUGUGUUUCUAUAUGCAGUAUAUACUAAGCUAAUGUAGUUGUUUUGUCCUUUGUCUUCUCUGUGCUCUAUCUCUAGUCUGGAGUGGUACAGUCCCAUUCCUGCAGUCCUAGUGAAUCAGUGAUUCUUGGGGGUUAGUGGUUUUUGUGUGGUGGCCUUCCUCUGUAAUGUCACCCUAUACUGACUGCUUCUACUGUCUGUGAAUUCUCCAUUUUACUUUUUAAAAUUCCUGCUGUUGCUUUGCUGGUGUAUAUGCUCCCUGCUUCCCCUUUCUUCCCUUCCCUGUCCUGUCCUCCCUCGUCCCUCUGCUUUCCUUGUCCUGUAUAUCCAAAAUCUUUUUCAUUCUCAGAGAUUAAAAAAAAAAAAAAAGACUCUUAACUAGCUCAAGGUGAAUGGAGCCAUUUUCCCACAACGGAAUUCUGGGUAUGACUCUCUUCUGGAGUGCAAGACAAAGCACUGAAGAAUAAUGCUCAGAUAUACUAAACAAACCGAUGCCAUACAGCCCCAGUUGUUGACAUUCCCAGAGUCCCUUGUGCUCUACCUAUAAGCAGUGGGUGCUUUUCUUUGGUUUCCUUUCAGGUUGGCUGAUGGAGCAAUAUAUAAAGCAAUUACCAGUGAGACAGAAAAUUAUUUCAAAGGUCAACCAAUGUUUUUUUAAAAAAACAAAGUGGGAGGGGGUAAUGGAAUAUAUAACUGUCAUAUAUAUUUGUUUAUUCGUGCAAUGCUAAUAUAGUAACGCGGCUGUCCUUUGAAUAUCACUGUGUUGAGUGGAUUCCUCUAGAACCUUUGAUUCUGUGAGUUGGGCCCAAGCCAUGGUGAAAUCAUAACAGAAGGAAGUUAAAUGCCACACAUUUUAGUAGUGAGCUCACUUGAAGGAUAUAAGUAGGUUUAGAAGGUGAAGAAGUUUGAUCAAGAAAUUUAAAGAUUAAUUUUGGAAGCUCUGCUCUAGCUAUCGAACAAUCAAAGGAAUGCACCUAUCAGCUACAAAGAACAGCUAGACAGCUGUUUUUUUUUUCUUUUAUAAAUGUUUCUGUGUUGUGUCAAAAUGAUUUCUGGUGAUUUAAACUAACAGAUAAUCACAGCUGCUGUCUAAAUCCAUAGUGUUUAAAAUUACAAAAUGAAAAAAAAAACACUUCAUUACCUGUGAAGACUGUGUCUGUGUUUUUAACUAUUUCUUGUACAAAUAUAUGAAAACUUUUAUGAGGAGACUGGUGCCAAGUAGCUGAAUAAUGGGGAAAGGGAUAUUCUGUUCGUAAAAAUCUUAGCAGUGUUACCAACUCUACGAUAUAUAUAAAAAAUAAUUAAAACAUUACAAAGUGACAGCUAUGGUACAUUUGUUUUGUGUGAAGCUAACCGGACCUAACUUCCUGAGUGCCUGGCUUAUUUUGAAACAUUUUUUUUCAUUGACCAUUGAUAAUGCUGCAGAUCAGAAAUGUACAUACUUCAUUUACAACAGGGUUCUUUUUAUACUUUUGUAGAUCCUCAUACAUGUCACAUACAUGGUUGUCUUUAUGUAACUUAAUUUUUUCAUCCGCAGGUGCCAUUUUCAUAAUAAACUUCUCUUGGAUUUGUUA